AUGGCGAACGCAAAUAACCAGAAUGUUAUCCGGAGGAAACUGGUCAUCAUCGGCGAUGGAGCGUGCGGCAAGACGAGUUUACUCAGCGUAUUCACACUCGGGUACUUCCCUACACACUAUAUCCCCACUGUAUUCGAGAACUACGUGACCGACUGUAGGGUGGACGGAAAGUCUGUGCAACUCGCGCUAUGGGAUACUGCAGGCCAGGAGGACUAUGAGCGGUUACGGCCACUGGCCUAUUCCAAGGCCCACGUCAUCCUCAUAGGCUUCUCGGUCGACACGCCAGAUUCGCUGGACAACGUGAAACACAAGUGGAUCGAGGAAGCGACGGAAAAGUGCCCAGGGGUACCCAUCAUCCUGGUUGGGCUCAAGAAGGACCUGCGCGAGGACCCUGUGGCCAUCGAAGAGAUGCGAAAGAAGAGCCUCCGGUUCGUGACAGAGAGCGAUGGCGAGUCGGCCGCCCGUGAGGUCGGUGCCCGCAAGUAUCUCGAAUGCUCCAGCCUGUCGGGCGAGGGAGUCGACGAUGUCUUUGAGGCGGCCACCCGGGCCGCUCUCCUUACGUUCGAGAAGGGCGAGGGCGCCGGCUGCUGCGUCAUCCUAUAG